UUAACUAUUAAUACUAAUGAGUGUCUUACGUUAUUGCGUACAUGUAUCGAUAUCGAAAUUUUGUGUACCUAAUAAAUGUAAAGGCUAUAAGUAUAAGGUGAACAAUAUACUUUAUACGCACUGUGAACCAAGCCAUAAAAACCAAAAUACCGAACAAACUGAGCUAAAAAGUGGAUGUGCUAUACAUCAGUUGCACACUGGAUCAAAGAGAAAAAAAUAGUACGUACGAUAUGUACUCAAAUUGAGACGCCUGUUAUAAAAAUUGAAUGAAUUGCUGAAAAAAAAAAAAAAAUUACAAUGCAGCAUAGAAAAAUUGCAAGCAUAAAUUUAACAGCAGUUCAGAAGAAAAACGAAUAUGCACAAUAUUAUAAAAUCUGAGGACGCGGCUUUUUUACAUGCAUGUACAAGAAUUUUUCAAUGAAUAUACUGUAUAGAAAUCAUGGAAUCAAAACAAAAUGGCAACAAUUAUCAAGAAAAUAAACGUUUUUUAUCACGUUUACACAACUCGAAGGAAGAAUUUCACAAGCAGUAUGAAAAGUUUUACGGUGAUAAAGUAAAAGCUAAACAACUUUACCUGCAACUACUAUCUGAACUGAGAAAAGCUAUAAUAGGAGAUAAUGUCGAUAAUUUUGAACGUUUAAUUAGUUUUCUUAGUUAUAUCACUGACUCGGAGAGUCGUGAAAAUUUGAUAUCCUUUUAUUACAAUGAGGCUAAUGUGCUCAAUGUUUCGAAAAGUACAAAUUUGUUGAUUUUUAUCUCUAAACAUAAUAGUUUUAAUAUUAUGAAAUACGUGCUUAAUAAUGUUACUAUUUUAAGAAACUUUACUUUGAACUGUAAAACAGAAUAUGUUCCAGACGAUGUUGAUGAAGCUGGUCAUACAGCAUUUUACUAUGCCUUGCGAUCAAACAAUAUCGAGUUGACUGACAUACUUAUUCACAAAUGGCCAGGCAAUUAUUUUGUUUGCAACCUAGAUAAGUUAGAUACAAUUUUAUCAAAAGCUUACGAAGAGUUAAGGUUGAAAAAUGUGGUGUUGACUAAGGAGAUGGAACUCUAUGUUGAAGAUAAAUUGGUUCAUCUUCGAUUUAAUUCUGAUACUUCCAAAUGUGAUAACAUAUCAUCCAAAGUAAUUUCACUUAGUAAAAUUAAGGAAAGAAUAGUGUUAGUGUUAGAGAGUAUUAGGUUACUGAAAGAAAUACCUCAGGUGGAUGAUAGAUUUUUAUUUGUCGCAAAAUUUAUCGCACAAAACAUUUCGGUUUUAAAACAACAGUUAAAAUCAACAUACGACAGUUUACCUUGGGAAGAGAUGGAGUUUUGUUUAAUUAGUUUUGUGUCUUCGUACAUUAAGAGACAAGAGGUCAACUUAUUUUAUAGAGUCGUACUAAGUAGGAGCAGAAUAUUGAAACAUUUAACGAGUUUUGAGAAAAAACUUGAUGAACUGAAAAAAAGCUUAGAAAAUUAUCGUGUGGAAGAUUUAGCUGUUCUUCCCGAAGUCAACCGCGACAAAAUUGUUGCCAAAAUCACUAAAGAUAACCCAAAGCUUAGCGAAUUAUAUAAUGACUACCAUGACAUUAGAGAUAUUCAUUCUUUACAGAAAAUAAGCAAUUACGUACAGUUGGCAACAAUUGCCGAUCCUAAGGAGAGACAAGGCCAACUGGCCAUCAUCCGAAGUUUACAGCUUAUUGGAGAGUAUUUGAAAAAUACUCUGGAAUCACCCAAGUUGUCAAACUUUACGAGUGAACUGUUACUUUUAUCCUUACCAAAUAACACUAGAAAAAUAUUUAUUAAUCUGCGAAAUUCACCUUCGCACGUUUACGCUUUAACCAAAAGACUAGAGAUCAAAGAUAACGAAGACAUGGAGUACUUUAUUACUAUCCAAAAGGACAUUCAAAAAACCUGUAGUAUUAUUACUUAUAUUUUGUACAAAAGUAAAAUCAAAGCGAUCAAAGUCCUCCUCCGAAAAAUUGUAGCUAGCGAUAGUUUAGACGACUUGAAGGAAAUCGCACAUCUGUUUCGCGCCUUCGAACUCGAUACCGUGGACUUUAGAAAUUUGAACGUAAUGGAGCACGACAUCCUUGACAAACUAAUCAAAGAACUAAAGGAAAACGUCAUCGAAAAAUCCAGUCUCGAAACCCAAAUGUUAAAAAAAAUGCAGGAAAUCAUGAGUUUUGAGAAGAAAACGUUAGAUAAGAGCCAAAAGGACUACCUCUUGGACGCAAGAAUGAUAAACGUUCUGUACUCGGACAUGCUUGACAAGAAUACCGACGACUACGACAUCAAACUGACCAAACACUCGGCAGAAAUGACGCUCGAGAGCAUGAAGUCAAAAAUCGAGUCCCACUGUUUGAAGCAGCUCGCGGAACUAGCGGCAGAAAUCGCACGGACCAACAAGCUCAAGACGAAAUGCGAGAAUCUCGUAGAAAUCAACCGACUGGCCUGCGAGAUUAUUUACGUUGCGAAGUUUGAGGGCGAAACUAACGACUGGAUCGACGAUCUCCAGGGAAAGCUGAACAACAGUUCUUUCAUCGACGACAGCAGGCAGCCUUGCAACGAUUGCUCACUGUCCGAGGACGACAAGUCGAAACAGCUAGCGUCCAAGUUGGUUGAACUGAAGAACAUCUUGAACAUCAGCCUAAUCAACAACGAACUGCAGUUUCCCAUGAGCAAAGGUGGCGAGAAGCUCCUGGCCGUAUUGGAGAUGCUGAUUCUCGACAUAUUGUCGAUUCUAGGGAGCUCCAAGGGUCUGGAGAACAACUUACUAUUUGUGGACGAAAACGCGCCUACCCUCAUCGGCAAGUGCUUGCGCAAUCAUCUUGCCCACGACAACACGCUCGUGGACGUGUUACUGUCCGAUCCGUCGAUCACCAUGUUCCUAAACGCGAAAAAGCUCAUAGCCGAAGACACGAUCGAGAGCAGUAAGAAGAUCGGUAAAUUCGUCGCGGACGAUCCAGUGAAAGUGAAAGUUCGAUUCAACCAAGCUCUGAACGUCGUUGACAGCCAAGAGAAGAUGUUCGCUGCUCUGGAGCACGGCGACCUGGAGGCUGUGAAGAGCUGCAUCGCCAGGGGUGCUGAGAUCAAUGGCAAAAACGUCGACUCGUGGACAGCGCUGCACUUUGCCGCCAAGAGUCCCAACAUCGAGGUCAUGAGGUUCGUGCUGGAAAGUAACACGGACGUGAACGUCAAGAACAGGAGUGGCCAGAGUCCGCUGCACAUCGCCUCGAUGAGCGGUAACAAGCACAUCGUUCAGCUGCUGAUCAAAGAGAAGCGCCUUUAUGCCAACGAAAAGGACAACGAUGGCAGGACCCCGCUGCACUAUGCCGCGAAAAACGGACACAAAGAUGUACUUGAAAUGUUGCUGAAGUACAAGGUACAGCAGAGCGUGAUAGACAAAAACGGCUUCUCCGCCCUUCAUUACGGCAUUAGAAAUGGCCAUAAAGAAGCAGUAAUGAUGUUGAUGAACAAAGAGAUGAACGUCGACGAAAACAAGGCGUACAGUGGGUACAGUCUUCUUCACCUUGCCGCUGAUAAGGGACAGGUGGAUCUAGUCAAUUAUUUUCUCAAGCUCAAAGCUAACAUUUGCGCGAUCAGCGAGCGAGGUACAACUCCCCUUCAUCUCGCCUCUCUCCGAGGCUUCCUGGAAAUCGUCAAGAUCCUCAUUACCAAGGGUUCAAACGUCAAUGCCAAAUGCAAAGAUGGCGCAACGCCUUUACACCUCGCGGUUGAAUUCGGCUUCAAAGACAUCGCCGAGCUCCUGAUAAAAAACGGCGCUGACCCAAACGCCUCGUACAACAACUGUUUGUACACUCCUCUUCAUUACGCAGCAAAGGAAGGUCGCGCAGAUCUCGUUGACAUGUUACUGAAGAAGGGUGCCAAGCCGAUGGCCAUGUCGAGCUCCAACUUGACCCCGUUGCACCUGGCGGUCCGUAGUGGUCAUCUGCAAACAGUCGACGUGUUUUUCCGACACGGAAUCAACGUUGCGAGCAACCCCCUUCUGCACGUGGCCAUCGAGUUCGGCUUCAAGGAUCUCAGUUAUUACUUGAUCGAGCACAACGCGGACGUUCACGCCCAAAUUAUGAAUGUUGGGCCUCUUUACGUGGCAGCAGCUGUUGGGCAAAUAGAGAUCGUUGAGUUGCUAUUGGCAAAGGGUGUUGAGAUCGACGUCAAAGAUACCGAAGGAUUUACACCACUACUGGCAGCUGUGGAUAAGGGUCAUAAAGAUAUUGUCGAGUUGCUGUUAAAAAAUGGGGCUGACUUACAUGCGCGUACCAACACGAGUGCGACGACGUUACACAUUGCUGCCACGAACGGCGAUGCAGAAAUGGUUGACCUGCUCAUCAAAAAGAAGGCCAACGUCAAUGCGACGGACUCGAAAAAGAUGAAACCCCUGCACUUGGCCGCACAAUUGGGAUACGUUAGUAUCACAGACUCGCUGAUAAAUAAUGCGGCUGAGAUUAACGCGAGGGACAGCAGCGGAAUGACCGCGGUACAGAUGGCUGCCGAGAGUGGGUACAAAAAGGUUGUAGAGAUUUUGAUAGGUAACGAGGUGCUAAUCAACACGAAGAACAAGCACGGCUGCACGACCCUAUCAUCGGCGGUAAAAAACAGCGAUCCAGAAAUCGUUGAGAUGCUCAUAAAUAGCGGGGCGGACGUGAACGCCGAGAACGGCCAGCCAAUACUCUAUGCGGUGUUGUCGGGCUUCGCGGACAUUGUCGAGGUUCUUGUGCGAAACAAGGCGCUGGUCAAUCUUAAGUACAUGGAUCAAAAUUCGCUUCUACACUUGUCUGUCGCGCGCAACUACAGGAAAGUUACCGAGGCACUCCUAGCUAGUGGCGUUGACGUUAACGCCACUAACAGGAGUAACGUGACGCCCUUAUCCGUCGCCAUUUCCAUGGGCUCCGUUAAUAUUGUUGCGAUAUUGUUGGCCCAUGGUGCCGAUAUUUAUGCAACCAUCAAGGAGGGCCUGACCCCGCUACACAUAGCAUCCUGCGAGGGUAAUGUCGACGUAUUGGAGAUCUUACUGCGCCACGGCGUCGAUGCAAACAUCAAGGACGACGAGAGCCGGACCCCUCUGGAGAUGGCCAUUGCUUACGGCUCGUCUAAGGUUGCCAAGAUUCUUUUUCAUCACACCAAAGUUAACAUCAACAGCCAAGGCGUCAACGACUUCAGUCUCCUACACAUUGCGGCACAGGAAGGCAACAGCGAAAUCACAAAAUACUUCAUUAACAACGGUGCUAACGUACACGCGAGAGACGUGUUCGAUUCCAAGCCGAUCCACGAAGCAGCCAAGCGAGGCCACGUUGAAGUUGUCAAAAUUUAUGUUGACUACGGCCUACCGGUCGACGACUUUGGAAGAAACAACCAAACGCCCCUACAUUAUGCUUGUCUUGGCGGACACUCAAACGUUGCCAGGUACCUACUCGAGCGUGGUGCUGAUGUCAACGCCAAAGACUGUAACGAGACCACCCCUCUUCAUUUAGCCUCGAUCUCUGGCUACAAAGAGUUUAUUGAAGUGCUCCUGGAGUACGGAGCAUUCUAUAAUGUUGUGGAUGCUCUAGGCCGCAAGCCGAUUGAGAUAACCGAAAACGAUGAUGUCAUCAACCUUUUUCACACCACUGAACGCCUCUUCAAGUCUGUCAAGCAAAAUAACUGUGCAGAAGUGCAGCAGUGCAUCAAGGCGAAGGCCUUCGUGAAUGCGAGGAGCGUUGAUAAUGUCACGCCUCUGCAUCACGCAUCCUGGAAGGGCUAUGAUGAAAUCGUAAAUAUUCUCCUGCAAAAUGGUGCAAAUCCUAAUGUGGUUGGGAAACAAGGUCUUACCCCGUUGCAUUACGCUGCCAAGUUUUCCCAUCCUAAGGUGUUAAAAGCCUUGUUGGCUAACGGUGCGGUGUACAAUGCCAUUUCCGAAACUGGAAAGACCCCCUUAGACCUCGCCAAUGACAAGAACGUUGUCCAUUUGCUGAGGCUCAUUAAUGAGUCAUUCGAGAGCGUAAUAGGCUGUGACGCAAAAGUUGUCAACGAAAUCAGAAAGUUGAAGGACGUGGAGUCAGUAAAGGCAGUUAUGGGUACAGUCAACACAGCAAACAAGUCGCUGAUUAUGCUAGCGUUACACAGUGGCUUUCCAAAAGUCCAUCAGCUGAAGCAGAUAAUGCAGGAUGACCUAAGCGAGCACAUCGAGAUGGCCGAGAUGUUUAUACACCAAGAGAAGUACGAGGAAGCGUUGAAGAUCUUCGAGAGGGUAUUGAAGAAGAGAACGGAGAUAUUGGGAGCGAGCAAUCCCGACACUCUGGACAUCCAAAGCCGUAUCGCCAAGCUGCUGUACAAGCAGCAAAAGUACCCGGAGGCCCUCGUUUUGCUCGAGGAGAUUUACGGCAGGCAAAACGCCAUGUUAGGCUCGAGUAUAAAAGACACCCUCGGGACCAAAAGUACGAUUGCACUGAUCAUGCACAGGCAGGGCAAGAGUGAGGAAGCUUUCAAACUAUACGAAGAGAUAUACAUGAAGCAGAGGGAGACUGCCGGCGUACCUGACAACGAUAUCCUUAACACGCGCUUUCACAUGGCCGUGGUGCUAGAGGGUUUGGGCAAGUACGAUGAAGCCAUGGCGAUUUUCAACGAGGUCUUAGAGAAGCAGAAGAAGUCGAUGGGUAUGCGUGACCCAGAGACCAUUACGACCCUUAACAAUAUAGCCGCUCUUCUCGAACGCACGGGCAACAGCGACGAGGCCCUCAAGGUCUAUCGAAAGGUGUACGAGGUGCGCAAGAUAAUACUCGGACCAACGCACUCCGACACCCUCAAGACGUUGUUCCACAUAAAUUCCGUGCUCGUUCACCAGGGAAAAUUCAGGGAGGCACUGGAGGCUUACGAGGAUCUCCUCGACACUCAGCGAAACGUUUUUGGACCCAAGCACAUAAUUACCCUCAAUACCUGGCACAACAUCGCCCAGACGUACAUGUACUCUGGCAAAUACGUAAGCGCUCUGAAGAUCCUGACGUCGUGCCUUGGUCCAAGAAAAGUCAUAUUGGGCGCCGAGCAUUCCGACAUCCUACGGACCGAGCAGAUCAUCGAGCAAAUUCAAUUGAGUCUGAAACUCGAGGGUGUCCAAAACAACAUUAUGCAGAGUUUCGAGUCCGAAAUGAAAAUGGCAAUCGAGAGAGGGGAUGUUAAGUUUAUGGAGUAUCUCUUUAAGCACAUGGUCGACGUUAACGAACAGGAUCCGGAUGGCAGGACUCUGUUGCACUUCGCCGUGAACCUUGGACAUGAGGACGUCGUGAGUAUGCUGCUCAAGAGCGGGGCCAUUGUCACCAAAGCGACGAACAAGGGCAACACACCGUUGCACACAGGAACAUCACGAGGAUACAAAAAUAUAGUCGAGAUACUCCUGAAGCAGGUCAACCGGGACAAGCUUAAUGACUUUAUCAACGCGAGGACCAGCGUUAACGGGAUGACAGCCCUUCACGUUGCGGCGCGCUGUGAUGACUACGAUAUCAUAAAAAUCUUAUUGAAGCACGGGGCCGUUUAUGACAUCAGGAACAACGAGGACAAGCGGCCGGUUGACUUAGCCAAGGAACCCGAAGCGCUGAGAUUGCUUCAAUCGAUCGAUGAGCUCUUUCAGCGAGCAAAGCAAGGCGACGACAAGCUCGUCGAGAGUCUGAAAACUGUCGAGCCUGAGGAGUUCAAGGCCAUGACGAACACGCGCGAUCAUCAGGACAAGUCGAUCUUCCAAGUUGCCUUGGUCAAUAAGCAUCCUCAGCUGGCGGGGAAGCUGCUCAAGCUCCUCAAAACUCAGAAUUCGAAUUAGUGAGUAUACGUUGCAUGAUCAUAUAAUAAAUAACAGCAGUUGUUAUGGUGGUGGUGAUCAUAGUCGGUCGUGACGUCAUGUAAAUACUAUCAUUGUAUGGUAUUGUUCGUUUAUUGUUGUUGUUUUUUUGUUUAAUACAAGUGAUAUCAUGAGAAAAAGUGUGUUACUUAGUUUUCAUUCCAAGUUCAAGCCAUGCUGUGAAUUUAACGGACAAUAAAAAAUGAUGUUGAGCCGUUAUAAUUAUAUUUGAUACGAUGUUGUUUAUGGUGAUGAUAAUCCUUUGAUGGGCUUAUUUUCCAAGACUGUGUGGUUAAUUGUU